GGUCGUUUCGGAAAGCAAGUUUUGUUUUGUUGUGUGACAUGCGGGAAGGAAAGUAAGCGUAGACACUUAAAAUCGGCUGUGAGCACUUUAGGACUUGUAGAUAAAACUACCGUGAAGCUAUAAAUGUACCACUCGAACGCUCCUGAGGCCAGCGAGUCGCCUGUUAGCUCAGAUAACGACUGUCAUAUAAUGUACGAGCGUGGCUCGAGCGGAACCAUCACAGAAAGUGGUGCGGAUAGUUCUUCGAUUGAUGUUCAGUUGGUGAGCCUUGCGCCGUGUUUUGCCUAGAGAGAGAGAGUAGCUUCCAAACGCCCGAAAGGUGUUGUACAUGUGAAAGUGUUGUCAGUCGAGCGGUUGCUUUGGUGUGUCACUUAUGUUGUUCACUUGGCAAAUGUUGACCGCAGUGUUUGCAGUCAAAUGAUCGCUUAGGCGCCAUGUCGCGAUUUGGGAUCGUUCCUGUUUUCGAUGUUAAGCAGCUCGGCUCUUCCGACCACGACGCAAAAAACAGUCUCCUGACAGCGCUUCAAGAGGCUAUAAAGCAGGUGCAGAAUGUCGCAGAGCCUGCUGGCACCAAUGGUUUGACAGAAGACUCUCCAGAAGCUUGCUGGUUAUGCGAACACCUUGACAGAGUGCUUCUCUAUGGUUUGCAAGAGCCUCAGUGGGGCUAUUGGCCAUGGGUGCGCAAGUUCACGCACCCUGCAGCCCAGCAAGAAAUUGCUUCCUUGUCGGCAGUGUCCACAGAUCUAGGAUAUGGCCGUGCUUGGCUCUUGGCUAGCCUGAAUGGGGGUCUCUUGGAGAGCUAUAUGCUGUCCUUCCGCCAGAAUUUGCGGCUGUUGCGCAAGGGCUACUCAUCGAACUCUCUCCUUCGAGAUCCACAAUACUUGGACCUGCUUGCCACCUUGCUGUCAGGAUUGGAACACAUUCCUUUCAGUCUGAACCAGAACAAUGCAUUAUUAGAUGACACUAAUGCUUGGCCAAAGAUCAUAUCAUAUCGUCAGUCUCUACUCCAUACGGAAGACAACAUUGUGGUGCUACCUCAGGGAGUUUCUGUGAUGACUAUAUCAUCAACAGACAGCUCGACCAGCUCUCGUGAAGAUGACUCGGGCAUCCAGAGUGUACGUGUCUCUUGUGCCACGCUGUCUUCUCUAGCAUCACCCGCGGAGGAGGUGCACGUCCCUGAGACUUGUGGCUGUGCUGAAUGUGCUGCCUUUCUCGAUCGAGAACGCAUUCGGCGGAUAAUCAACCUAGACGUUGUUCCAGCAUCAUCUGCCAACUCCAGUGAAGCAGCUGAUUUAGAACUUGAGGUGACACGAGUUGUGAUAACACGACGAAAAGGGGGAGGCCACAGUACUGCUAAACCAAGAACACUUUUGUCAACAUGUGGAAGUGAAGCUGCAUCGACGGUGGUGUCAGAAGCUUGCGAGGCAACGAAUGUUGAUGGCAAGGUGUGUGCUCCACUGAGGCAGGCACUGAUUGGAGCUGAAGGGCAGCCUGUACACUCCUCGCAAGAGGCCCUAUUCAGCGAGAAAGGCAGGACUGGUGCUGCAUGUGUUGCUGCGAUGACGGAGUCAACUGGUUCUAUGAGAGACUCGGGAUGUUAUGCAUUUGUGGAAAGUGACAGAGGUGCACCAGAUGGCUGUGAAGGAGAGGGUGAUGAAGUUAGGCAGGAAGGGAGGACAACAGAUGACCGUGAACAGAGCGAGGAAAUGUUUUCAAUCUAUGAUUGUAGUGGCAAGUUUAUCUCGAAUGCAACAUGUGAUGACGGUGGUGACAGUGGUUCUGCUGCAGAAGAAAAGGCAGUGGAGUCUCCAAAGUUUGUUGAACCAGAACUGCUCGUAGAGACAAGCAAGAAAGAAGGAUUUGAUAUCAAGGUAGAAAAUAAUGCUCUCCUCCAUCUGACACUAGAGAUAUUUGAAUCAGAUGAUGAGAAAUUCUACAAGAUGUUUCUGGCAUGGAAGUGCUGUGAUGGAAAAGGACUUUUGGAGCCUAUUUAUGUCCUGAUGACAAACAAAUUUCUGUACAUACUUCGACCGAGGGCUGAGGUGAACCUGUUUGCCAGAGACUUUUCUGUGCGCCUCAGCGAAGUCAAGGUGGUCACAGUCUGGCUGAACUACCAGGGCUUCUCCCUGACUUGCAUCUCUGGGAAAAAGGCAGAUGUGGCCACUGGCCAUGCUGAGCUAACAAGGAAUAUUCUCUCAAGCCUGGAUCUAGCCGUUCGGAGAACUCAUAAUGGAGUCAAGUGCCUUCCGUCAAUAGUGAGUCACUGCUCUGAACAGCUAGAUGCCAUGAAGAAGCUCUUGGCACAGGAGUUAAAAGCCCAAGAGGAUGGUGGUCUUGUCGUAAAGGACUACCGUCUGGUGCACUGGGAGAAGUGCAUCCAGUCAUCGCCAGGCGAUUACGCUUGUGGACCCAGCGUGGGCGGUCCCCUCAUGUGGCGGUUCCUCGAAGGGAGCACCAGGCGAGAGAGAAAGAAGCACUGGGAAGCUGGCUACUUCCUGUUGCGGGCUGGAGUCCUGUACAGAUUCUCAAACCAAGGAGACACUAUACCAAGUGCCACUUACCUUGUCAGCGGGGUCCACUGUGGUUCCUGUCAGGCUGUGUCAAAUGUUGGGCGACCACAUGCCUUGCAACUGAACCUGGCUCCCUCUGGUGGUGCCUGUCUUCAGCUUGCCGCUUCCAAUGAGGCAGAGAUGGAGCGCUGGGUUCAUGCACUCACUGAAGCAGGGCAGGCCUCCUUUUAUGGGUCUGGAUCCAUGGGUGGCAUGGUGGCCUGCUGCCUAGUGUUGGUGGGUGACCUUGUGUUGACCUUGGUUGAGGGCUCAAGAGUCUUGGGUGUAGGUGUCAUUAUUGACCUGAGUGUAGUCCGCAGCGAGAACAACUUCUGCAUUAUGGAGUUUGAUGGUGGUGAUGCUGAGAGUUGUGCUUACAACUGGAUCUUUUGGUUUGCCACUGAAGAAGAAAAAAAUGAGUUCCUGAGCAUCAUCUCCGUUUCCUGGCAAGAAAUGUUCCAGGUCCCACUCGAGGUUGCUCCCAUGUCCAGCGGCACAUUGAGAAGGCACUGCCUGGAACGAGCCUCUCAGCUUGAAGCAAGGCUAAAUGAUUCCAGGGCAUUCUGUCUCGACAGUUGAAGUGGCGGCAGCUUUCAGAUGCUCAUGGCAGCUUGCUGGCAAAGUUGUCUAUAUUUUUAGUUCUGUGGUUAAUUUGGAAAUAUCUUUUAAGGACAAGCUCAAGUGAGACUGAGUGCAGUGCAAGCAUAUGUUGAGAAAUGAUGGACAUGCACGCAGGUACCACUUCUUUCAAGCUAGAACAGUAACCUGCUUAGUAGGAUUGACAUGUGAACUGGUUGGUAACUGUCUGUUGUUGACAGAAGCGCUGCGCAGAAAAAACAGAAAAUGUAGCAAUGCUGUUUUGUAUCUUUCUUUCCCUUGUCUUCUGUGCACUGCUGGUCAAUGUCAAAGGGUAAACUGCACAAGGAAUAAUAAUACAUGUGUUUUCACCAUUGCGACUUUUCCCCUUCUGUUUAGGCAGUUAACGGCUGCUUAAUCACUGUCUGCACAGCUGAUAUUGCUGCUAUUUUUAUUCAUCACUGUGCUGUGUCUAGCUAACAAUAUAGCUUAAAAUCGAGAAUGGACAUUGCAUAGUGGCAGCAGUACCACAGUGGCAGCAAUAAAAACAGGACUGUGCAUGCCCUGUUCUUGCUUCCUUGUGUCUUAGUAGCGCUGCCACCAUAGAAUGAACCUUCAUCAACUUGCCCAAUUUUCUAUUCGAAAUUGCGAUUUGAUGUAAAAUACACUGCUGACUUAUGGAAUAGGAGGUUGCUUGAAUGUUCAACCUCUUUGUGGGAACGGCUUCCGAUUCAAGGCAUCCUGUGGAAGCAUAAACUUGAGAGUACAGAUCUGCUUUUUUUCAGCCUCCAUAUUCUUUGCGAUGAACAGUUCACUCUACAUCCUGCUUAAGCUUUGGCAUGAGCUAGUGUUAGUGGGCAGAAUGCACAAAUGCCUUAUGUUUCACGAAGUCAUCAUUUUGCUUGACUGUGAUAGGCAGGUGGGGUAUCACUGUAGGUUUGGGCCUUGAUGAUGGUGCCUGAACUAGAUAAUGCAGGUGUGCCCUCCAUUUGUUCGUGUGAGACCGUCAUACACGUGUGUGAGCUGCUGCAGGUAAGUGGAUUUCCAAACCGGCUGCAUAACUGUCAAUGAGGAAAGUAGCAACACAAACCAUGGCAAGAAAUGAAACACGCGUCUUAAGACCGCUGGCAUUAUUUGCCCAUCAAUCACCCAGCCUGUUUUUUUUUCCUGUCACCAUAUCAUAUGUUUCAGCAAACUUUAUGCAACAAAGAUAAUAUGUGGCUGCUUUGUCAGUCUUAUGCUCCUAGGCUGUUAUGUUCUAUGUAUAGGCUGUUAUGUGGACAUAAUUAGAUGCAAACUCAUUAAUGGAGAUGCAGGAAGCUGCAAGCUGCUGAUGCAAGUUUGGGUUCUUUUAAUUGUGGCCAAUGAGCAUUGACAUGUUGAAAGAUUGAUGCUGUUUGUGUAAAUAUUUCCACAUCAUUGAAGGGGCCCUAAACAGGCAUGGUUCAUGUGCACCUGGCAGACUAGUUCCAACCAUAUCAAGUAACAGACAAUGAAUGAAGCCAGAGAAAAUCAUAGUCUAAGUUAAAAAUUUAAAUUAUGGUGUUUUACGUGCCAAAACCACGAUUUGAUUAUGAGGCACGCUGUAGUGGGGGACUCCGGAGUAAUUUGGACCACCUGGGGUUCUUUAAUGUGCACCUAAAUCUAAGUACAAGGGUGUUUUCGCAUUUCGCCCCCAUCGCAACGCGGCCGCCGUGACUGGAAUUCAAUCCCGCGACCUCGUGCUUAGCAGCCCAACACCAUAGCCACUAAGCAACCACGACAGGUAUAGGCUAAGUUGAUUGCUAUGCUGAUGUAAAAUGGUAAAGUAGCAAGUUAAAGGGAAAUGAAGUUGCCGUACGUAGUGACAACCCAUAUUUCCAGCAUUAGGUAAGCAUGUGAUGGUUUACUAAUUAUGCUACCGCAGCACUAUCCUCUCGUCCACUUUCUUGGGUAUUUGUGUAUGUGUACAGUCGACUUCCGUUAGUUUGACCAGACCGAUGAAAUUGAUUGAAUUAUCCGGCAACUCAUAUUAAACAAGAUGCACAAAAAAUGCCAUAACACAUACCUGAUUCAUUUGGAAGUGUUUGCCUGAUUUUAACAUGCCCCUGAUAUCAGUUCGCGCCAACUUUCUUGUCCAAAGUAUAAAAAUAAUCUACAAAUGACAUUAAAGCACCUAAACAAAGUAAAUAUCUAACGUGCACCGGAAUUUCUUAGCAAGAAAUAUUGGCAAGGUCGCGCAAUGACAGCCAUUUUCCUAAAGCUGGCUUCGCCACGUGGUUCUUUACAAUCAGCUUUGCUGUAAUACCUUUAUGUUAUGCGGUAAAGCAUACAAACACCACAAAGGUGAUUUUCAUUUUGUAUGCGAUGGCACUGCACAGGCGAUUUUCGGCAAAAAAAAAAGUGCCCAUUAAAAUCGGAUAACUAUCAUAAUCAGACAUUGUGAGCUAUAAUUAUUGCUUGAAAAUGUUCCUAGGGCAGGCCCAAAAUAGGCUUUCUUGACAGGAGAUGACGUGUGUUCAACACAUUCACUGGGAGUCCCCUAAGCUCUGCUGAGACAGAUGCUGCCAUUAAAGGGGUCAUAAUCGGGGUCACCAUAAGAGUUAGGCAUGUACUCAUGCAUGCUGAUUGUUCAAGUUCGAAUUAUUCGGCGAAGGCCAAUUUGAAGAUCGAAAUAACGAAAGGUUGGGCCCAUAGAAAAUGCAUGGGCACUGAUAGUGACCUUCGGUCGGGAUCGAAUUAACCAGAGUCGAAGUGAUCCGAGGACACCUAAGCACUUCUUGUAACUUGUUAAUGCGAAAGCAUUAAUGUUCAAUUGAACGCCGCUGAGCGGUCGUUUGAGUUACGAACAGCUCGCAGGUGGGCGAGCGAUCACGUUGAGACGCUUGGCACAUUUUGAUUUGGUCUUACCGAGGCACAGUUAGAACGCAGGAGAGAGAUUGCACGGACAAGGAACACGCCGAUAACACAGGCUUCCGAGAGCGAGAGCAAGAAUGACACAGCAUCGCAGCGAUGCCCUCUCCCCUCACGCAACAGCUGGCAUGCUAGUUGUCUGUUUUUCCCACUCUGCUUCAUUGAGGCACGCUCAUGCUUUGCCGUCGCAACCAAUGGAAAUUUAGGCUGCUACAGACGCUGGGCACCGGCUUUUUUGGUCAAUGAGCCAUUUGAUGCUUUCGCAUCAAUAACUGAAAUCUGCUGUACAAGGUUAGCCUUGGGAGUGUUAGCCAGCACCGCUCACAGCCAAUGCGACGGAUGGGAGCAUCCUUUUAAUCGCAGGUAUUGCGUGGUGCAUGAGUUUAGGAGCGAGCAACUGGCCAGUAAAACCCUUGUAUGUUACUUCACAGCAUCAAGUCUGCCAAAUUUGAAGCUUUUGCUAUGCAUUGAGCGAGUAGUAUAGGGGGAUCCGAGGGGCUUGAUUUUUUGUUAGUCACAGCCAUAUGAAGUAUAUGUGUUGAAGCUGGUGAAAACAUAGGGAUAGCUAGUUGGGCAUCACAGCCAGUUGUUGAUGUCAACGAGUGGUGGAAAUAAUAAUUUCCAAGUCUGUUUAGGGCCUCUUUAAGCUUCGUGGCACUACUUCAUGUUUAGACAGUGCCAAGCACACCUGUGCAAUUAUGAGUCUCUCUGCAUCAUACAGUGCAUCAGACAGUACUUCUACAACACUCCUUAUUAGCAUUUGCAGAAGGUAGUACUCACAUCUCUUAUCAAAAUUGAUUAUACUUCAACACUUGGGUCAAUUUUUGUUAAUAGAGAUAGUUAUGUUCGGCUUAAGGGGAAUAAUUUUAUCUGCACAAAAAUAGUUGAAAAGCGCUGAAAAAAACCCGUACAGGUUUCUCAGAAGGAAAUCUUUGCCACUUUACAAGAAUUUAUCCUGGUUCAGUGAUUGAACCCAGCACCACAGCUGGUAGGACAAGUUGUGCGGUAUGUGCAGGUACAGUGACUGCCCCAGAACGGUUGUGCUUGGUUCACUCCAUGGACUGGGAAGCUCUGAUUAACCUGUGUGAAUUUCUUUCAUAGCAUCGUACGCCUUUUAUGCAGAUGACACUUUUACCUUUUGAUGAAACUUUAUUUGCCUUUAUUGUUCAUAGAAGGUAUUUUCUCAAGCGUAUGUUAGGCUCAAGAUGUCGUGAUUUAUGUGCACAGCCUUGUUGGCUCAGUUUGUGCUUAGCAUGAAAGAAAUCCUUAAAAUUCGCAAGUAUUAAGCUAAAGAAAUAUAGCUAUUUCAGACACCAUGUGCUAAAGCUUUCUAAAAUCACUUUUUAGACUGCUAUAAUGAUUUAAGCAUAACCGAGGCCGGUUAUAUGUAAGGAAAUGUUUGUAACCACCUUUACUGUUAAUACAUCAUACCAAAUUGCAUUUGAUUAAGUGAUAUUGUUCUUGCUAUGUACUGUAGGUUUUACAAUGAAGUUUUGAUCCUGCUAGAGGUACAUGAAGGCUGUCCCUUUACUGACUACAGUAGCAUCUGUGUAUAUCUUACGGGGCCAUGUUGAAGCUGGGUGGCAGAGUUUGUCAAGUCCUGUUGAUUGUAGAAUGUUUACUUGGAAACCUAGUCCGUAUUUUAAUGUGCAAUGUGUUCCUGUUGCAUAAUUUUACAUGAGCGUCUUGCAGCAAGUUUGAUGGUUUUUUUCUUCCAUCAUGCUUACAUGUAGUGUUCUUGUGUUUUACCUUCUUUCAUGCUCAUUAUGUUUUUUAUAGAGCUGCAUCAUUUUAUGUGGUGUACAAUAAGUUUUUUUUGCGUACGAGCAACACAUUUUACAAGAGCUCUGACAACUUCCUUUGAUGUGUUGUAGUGGCUGCCUGGAAUGUAUUGUGCCGUCAUCAUUUAUUUUUUAGUCUAUUGGCACACAUUGAAGCAAACAACUCACUACUUUUGGCAACAGCUUUGGCCAUGCAAGAAGAACGACUGAAUAUUUAAAAAGCUUUAAUUGAGGAUCUAUUCACCUGAAGAGUAAAGAAAAAUAACAUUGUGUUCCUUGAUUCUGCAUAGUGAGCAAAAUAGAAGGCUGUAUGUGCUUUGGGUAACUGAGGCUAAUCAAAUUGUGUUUGCUAUGAAAUGUUGGGUGCCAGUGCUGUCGUUAGGUAUUAAAGUGGGCUUUGAAUUCUUUUAAAGGUAUUGGCUGCUGUAGGUGUUGAACAGCUGUUAUGCUCGAUGGGCAAAUCCAAAGAGCCUGAGAUGCAAGCGUCGUCCCUGCCUGGAUUUUACCAAAGAAUUCAUUCUGCAUCUCACCAUUCUGAGUUCAUAAUAAUAUAUCAUCACUACCACUAAUUGUGCACAAAGCACACGAGAGACAAGUGUUAGUCCAUUGUCAGAAAGCACAGUUGAUAAUCUCACUACAGCUGCUGUGCUUCAGGCAGCUGACCAGGAAAGGGGCUCAUAAUGUUGCAGUAGGGCUUUUAUCAUUUGCAACAUCUGUGUUAAAGAGCAGUGGCAUGUCAACAAAGCUUGCUGGAAACUCUAUAGUAUCCCUGACAGUUAUAUCUUACCAGUAUGUUAAAACCUCUUUGUUAAGCCAUUCACACUUUUAAGUAGAUGUCCAUGCAACUUCUCUGCCCUCAUAGCCUCAGCAAAAUGUCUUUCAAGUUUGAACUGUUUUGUCAGUUACAUCUGCUCAUCAAAAUUGCUGUCCUAUGCAAGUUGUUGUGUGUUGGCGACAGGGUUCUCUGGCAUGUAUUUUCUUUCAGGUGCAUGGUACAUUGAUUGUGCAACCCCUGUGUUUUCACAUAGCUGGUGAAAUAACAGCACCACCCAUUUGUUUCUGUGUGUUUGUCAUGUUUCUAUUGCUGAGCAUCAUCUGUGAUACAGCUGUGAAUUGGAUGCUCUAUGCAUGUUUCUCCGAUUAGUCGAUGCCUUGACAUUGGCUUCAUUGUUGGUAAGAGCCAAACAAGCGAGAAAAUAUUUGCAUUGCACUUUUUUCACACUUGCUUGUGUUGGCCUUACUCAUUAUGACCGUUCCUGCAGAAUUUUAAGUGUUGCAGCGAUGUUUGCAUAUGCUAAUAGAUGCAAUAAUAAAGAAGCUGUAUCUGCUGCA